AAUAACCAUAUUGCAGAGAAUCACACGUUUCUCUCUCGAGCCGCUUGAAAAUUCCAAAGAAUCCCCCAUAUAUAUUGUCCUCUUCCCCAAAAAAUCAAACUCCCCUAUUCAAAACUUCAACCCAAAAUUGAUUUUUCCUAUUUUUAUCCAAAUCGAAGGAAUCAUCUAUGGAACUAUCUGUGAUCUCCGAUACGUUAACAACAGUUGUUACAAGCCAUGGCCUAGGGUUUUCAAAUUAUCUUCUAAAUCGCAAUUUCAACGUUCUCUCAUCGGAGCAUCAGCAAUCUCCUCCUUCAGCCGCCGCCGCCGCCACCGGAGUUCGUCAAAUCUCGGCCGCCCUAGCGCCGCCGCCUGUAAAAUACAAUAAAGUCAAAUCCGUGCCACGUAGGUUGACACGUAAGACGAGGCGUACUAAACGGAAGUUGUUAAGCGAUGAGGGAGAUGAUGAAAACGGAGUUUUCUUUGACGGUGGUGAUUAUGAUGGUCCGUUUGGUGGUGGUGGUAGUAGCUGGAGUGGUAGUGGUGGUGGUGGUAAGGGAUGGAAUUAUGGUGGAUUUGGAGGGGCAAAUUGGGAAGAAUCUUCUUCGUUUUCGGAUCCGGCUUUUGAUUUCGUAUACGAGUUGAUGUGUUGGGCGGCUUUAUCGAAUUGCUUGCAUUUUGCUUUUAAAAAAAUGGUGAGAAUUGUGGCUGAUGGAUUCAGUGAUCCAACUAGAGGGAAGGUUCCAGUGAGACUCACAUCUGUCUAUUGAAUCUGUAAGCUCAAUUUAUUACUGAGUUAAUUCUGUUGGAAACUGUGGAUAUGAUUGACAAUUUACAAAUGUAAAUAGUAGUAGUGUGUAUAUAUAUGA